AUGGAAAGAUUCAGCGAAGCAAAAGCUCUGAUGCAUGAUAUAUGCACCAAUGAGGAGAGGGAAGUGGCAGGAACAGCUUGGGAUAUAGGUUCUCACUCCAUAAUAGAAGCUGAAGCAAUGGCCAUGUUGGAGGCAAUGAAAGCUGCUAUACACUUACAUAUGGAACGCAUCAGUUUUGAAAGUGAUUCACUCAUAGUAGUAAAGGCAGUGCAUGCUAAACAUAGUGGAAGUUCUGAAUUUAAUUUGCUUAUUGAUAACAUUAAGAAUUUGUUAGUUUUAAAUCCCAAAUUUGAGCUAAAGUUUGUUAAGCGCCAAGCGAAUUCGGUUGCUCACUUGUUAGCUAAGGCGGCCAAUUCUUGGACUAGGCGUUGUUUGUUCUAUGUGAUUCCUCCUUGUAUUGAGAACCAUUUUUUGACUAAUGUAUUGAGAACCAAUUGA